UCCGUCGCUCUCUCCCUUCAGAGCACAACCCCGCGCAGGCUCUGAUCACCAAGUACACAAAAAACCACACACACACACGCUCUCUCGGCAGAGUCGCCAUCAAAGGUCGACCUCGAGCUCCUUCCAUGGAGAAGCCGGUGGCGGAGCAGUGGCGGCACGACCCCAUCUUCUUCCGGCCGCCGGAGACGCCGUUCGAGCCCAUGGAGUUCCUCUCCCGCUCGUGGAGCGUCUCGGCCCUGGAAGUGUCCAAGGCCCUCGCACCGCCCCCAAUGGCGCUCCCCAAGGCCCCCGGCGGCGGCGUUGUCAACGGUGGCGGGGCGAUUCCGGAGGAUCUAGCCGGCGAGCUCGAGGAGGGCGCCACUUGCUCCGGCAACCCCUUCUCCUUCGCUUCCUCCGAGACGUCCCAGAUGGUCAUGGAGCGAAUCAUGUCUCAGUCGCAAGAGGUGUCACCAAGAACUUCAGGGAGGCUCUCUCACAGCAGUGGACCACUCAACGGGGCUCAGAGCUGCGGCUCCCUAACCGACAGCCCGCCUGUCUCUCCCUCCGAAAUCGACGACCCCAAGAUUUGCCGGCCGAACAACCCCCUCAAUGUCCACCAGUUCAGGGCCUCCACGCCAGGGGGUGGAGGAGGAGGCGGCGGAGCAGUUGUGGUUGGCGGCGGUGGCAAGACGGUGGGUAGGUGGUUGAAGGACCGUAGGGAGAAGAAGAAAGAGGAGGCCCGGGCCCAGAACGCCCAGCUCCAUGCUGCCAUCUCUGUCGCAGGGGUCGCCGCUGCGGUUGCCGCCAUUGCGGCCGCCACGGCCUCCUCGUCCGGGUCGGGCAAGGAUGAGCAGAUGGCGAAGACAGACCUGGCGGUCGCCUCGGCCGCGACCCUGGUGGCUGCGCAGUGUGUCGAGGCUGCUGAGGCGAUGGGGGCUGAGAGAGAGCACCUUGCUGCAGUCGUCAGCUCUGCUGUAAAUGUCCGGUCGGCCGGGGAUAUCAUGACCUUAACCGCAGGCGCAGCUACAGCUCUACGUGGGGCAGCGACAUUGAGGGCAAGGACGUUGAAGGAGGUGUGGAACAUAGCAUCGGUUAUUCCGGUGGAGAAAGGGAUCGGAGGUGGCGCCGGCGGCGCUAGCCUCACCAAUUGUAGUUCGAACAGCAGUAACAGCGACGAACUCGUCCCAGAAGAGAAUUUCCUAGGAAUCUGCAGCAGGGAGUGGCUAGCCAGAGGAUGCGAGCUUCUUAAGCGCACUCGCAAGGGUGAUCUUCACUGGAAGAUAGUCUCUGUUUACAUAAACAGAUUCAAUCAGGUGAUGCUGAAGAUGAAGAGCAGGCACGUUGCUGGGACCAUCACAAAGAAGAAAAAGAAUGUGGUCUUGGAAGUGAUUAAGGACAUGCCGGCCUGGCCAGGCCGUCACUUGCUCGAGGGCGGCGAGAACCGGAGAUACUUUGGGCUGAAGACCGUGACGAGGGGGGUUGUGGAGUUCGAGUGCUCGAGCCAGAGGGACUAUGAUAACUGGACUCAGGGCGUGGCCAGGCUCCUCUCCAUUGUCGCCGACCGAAGCAAUAGACAUAGAAUUUGAAAAGUUCGUGCGGUUGGGGGAUUGAAUCUUUAUAAUCUGCAGGGUUUUUUAGUCCCAGGAAGGGGAGUAUGUAAGAGCCUUCUUAGAUUUGGAUUGGGGUCUUUUUUUUUCAUUUUUCCUUCUGGUUUUUCUAAUGUAAAAACGAGGAAUUUAAUGGCAAAAUUCCAUCUGGGGUUCUCCCUAAGUUCCUAAUU